CCGAUUGAUAACGAAAACGAACAUAUAGUUACGGACUCUCGUCUUCCCUCCAAAAAAAACAGAGCAAAGAUCCUCUCUCCAUUUGUCAUCUUGAAAAAAUGGAGUCCGCUCGCUUCUCCAGCAAGAAACCUCUCGGAGUCAACGAACUCUACGCCAAGUGGUCAAAAAACCUAACCCAUUACUGCCUCCCUCUCCUCGGCGAAUCGAUUCUCACCGACCCUUCCGCCGUCCUACCCGACACCGACGUAGAGAACGUUGUUUACUACCUGAUCAAACCACUACGAAACCCUAAGCACCUGUCCCGAUAUAACAACGACACCAUACAUAACAUCCUCUUCCCCACCGGGAACGAGACGCAGCUUUUCUUCAUCGGCGACAUCCAUCCUUGUCUCUUCACAAGCCUCAUCCGAUCUUUAAUCGACUCCACGUGGAGAGACGAGCAGGUGAGAAGAAUAGAUCAGAUCGAGCGUGGUAUGAUGGUAGCGUGAGUGAUCUGAUGGAACAGAUGAGUAAAGCACAGAUCCGUUUCUAGCUCGUGUAUCGAAGAAUUGGGUGGCAAGGACGGAAGCUUCUUCUUCGGUGGCGGCGGUUGAUGAGGCGGCCAAGGAAGAGACGGAGGAGCUUGUGAGAAUCUUCUCUGCUGCAAACAGUUUGAGGAAGAGUGUGCUCAGAGAGGUUUUCAAAGCCACCACAGGGAUUCAAGCCGCUAAGUUUCUUGAAAGUCUAUGCGAGUUUCUUGCUGGUUUUCAAGAUCAGAAUUGUCCUCCGCUUGAUACACCUGAACCGUCUCAAUCACAUGGCUUGGAGCAGCAGCAUACAAGUGAAGCAGAUGAAGCACGAGAGAGAACUCUCUGGAUAGGAGCCGUUACAGACGACAUGGACACAGAGUUCCUGUACCGUUGUUUCGCGGGCACAACCGGAGAGGUUGUUAACGUUGGCCUUCCUAAUCACAAGGUAACCGGUAAAAGCAUAGGGUACGGUUUCAUCGAGUUUAUAUCUCGCGACGCUGCGGAACGAGCUUUGCAAACCUACAACAAGACCUUGGUCCCGGGCCUAGUUCCCCCUCGGAGGUUUAAGCUGAGGUGGGCAAUGAAGCAGACUAUCAGGGAAUCUACCGAGUCCAUAUUCGUUGGUGAUCUGGCCGAUGACGUUACGGAUCGCAUGCUGCUAAAGACGUUCAGGGACCAUGGUUACAGUUCAGCUGUAUCAGCAGCGGUUUCCACUGACAGAUCCACCGGGCGUAGCAGAGGAUAUGGUUUUGUUAGGUUUUCAGAUCAUGACCAGAUGUUGCUUGCUAUUGAGAGUAUGAACGGUGUUGAGUGUUCAAGUAGGCCUAUGAGAAUUGGUCCUACAGGUGGAAACUAAACUCUCCCUCUCUCUCUCUCUCUUCGUAUUGAUACUUUGGAGUCUGUAACUUUUGGGUCAUAUGGUCUUUGCAGCUAGAAACUUUUAAGUUAUCUACCUUAUGCUUCCUUCUUAGUACUUUUGAUUGAUGAUGAUAAAAAAAAAUGUGAUCUUGAUUUUG